AUGGCGAGUCACGUCAACAACGACGCGACGGUGGAUGGCCCCCGCGAGCCAGCCGGCAUAGCGGUCGACAGCGAGAAGGGCGUCAAGGACAAUUCCCUCAAGGACUCCUCCUACCGCGAGAAGGAGGUCGAUGGCAAGCCCAUCAGUGCCAGCUACUCGAGCCAGGAUGAGGAGCAGGAGCGUCCAGGCAAGGUGCGCAAGAUCUGGUUGAUGGCGAAGCCGUUCGCCUUCCCAGCUUUCUGGGUGGUGAUGACUGGUUGGUGGAUUGCAGCCCUGAAUCUGAAUCGUCACUCGAUUGGAGGUCCGACCGAGUCCUGGCUGGUCCCGCUCCUACUCUGGCUCGCCCUCACCAUCCGCCUGGUCACGCUAUAUGUGUCGACCAAGUUCCUCACCAAGCCAAUUGCGAUGAUCUGGAUGAAGGCCGUCUACGGCCCAGCUCACAUGAUCCCCCAGAAGCUGAGAACGCCUCUGUGCGGGGCUGGAACCAUUGCGGUGUUCCUCGUCGGCACCUUUGCCAGUGACGAGACGGCAGACAACACGAGAGCCAACCGCGCCAUCAGCUUGUUCGGCCUGGCCGUCUUCAUUUUCGGCUUCUGGGCUACCUCCACGAACCGCAAGGCCAUCAAGUGGCAGACCGUCAUCGUGGGCAUGCUGGCUCAGUACAUCGUAGCCCUCUUCGUGCUCCGUACACAAGCGGGAUACGACAUAUUCAAUUUUAUCGCCUUCCUCGCCACCUCUCUCCUCGGCUUCUCGAAAGAAGGAACUACUUUUCUGUUCAACGCCGACGCCCUCACCUUGGGCUACUUCGUCCUCAACGUCAUCCCACCCAUCAUCUUCUUCGUUGCCUUCGUGCAGCUCCUCUACUACUGGGGAUGGCUGCAAUGGGCCAUCAGCAAGUUCGCUACUAUCUUCUUCUACGCCAUGGGUGUCUCCGGUGCCGAAGCCGUCGUCGCUGCCGCUUCUCCCUUUGUCGGCCAAGGAGAAUCCGCCAUGUUGAUCAAGCCGUACAUCCCUCAUCUGACAUCUGCUGAACUACACCAAGUCAUGACCUCCGGAUUCGCAACCAUCGCCGGGUCCGUGCUUUCCGCCUACAUCGGCAUGGGUAUCAGUCCUCUCGCUCUCGUCUCUUCCUGCGUCAUGUCCAUCCCGGCAUCCCUGGCCAUCUCCAAGCUUCGCUACCCCGAGACCGAAGAGUCGCUGACCGCUGGAAACGCCGUCAUGCCCAAGGACGAUGAAGAGCGUCCUGCCAACGGUCUCCACGCUUUCGCGAAUGGCUCCUGGCUCGGAAUCAAAAUCGGUGGUAUGAUCAUCGCCGCGCUUCUCUGCGUGCUGUCCCUUCUUGGUCUGGUUAACGGUCUCCUUGGAUGGUGGGGUCGCUACAUCAAUAUCACGGACCCGGACUUGAGCGUCGAGUUGCUUGUUGGAUACAUCUUUUUCCCUAUAUCUUUCUUGCUCGGAGUCCCCAGAAACGGCGACAUCUUCCGGGUGGCAAAGCUGAUCGGACUGAAGAUCGUGGCUAACGAAUUUGUCGCUUACCUCAAACUCUCCGAGCGCUCCCGCCUCAUUGCCACCUACGCCGUUUGCGGUUUCGGUAACAUCUCGUCCGUCGGUACCCAAAUCGGAGUCUUGUCCUCUCUCGCACCUGGCCAAUCUGGCCGUAUUGCGAAGGUUGCCGUGAGCGCAUUGAUAUCCGGCGUUAUGAGCACCUUGACAUCAGCUAGUAUCGCGGGUAUGCUGAUUGUUGACUCGGAGGCCUACACCAGAAUCUCAUAG